CACAAUACCGUUUCUCCCACCUUCUGGUCCCGAGGUUGAUCCGAAAUGCGACUUCUCCUCGAAAACAUGCGCAUUCCUCAAAGCUAUUCCCAUCCUCGUUUGUUCCGGCCGCCAAGAUUUGUGUGUCAUAUUCUAAGACCAUGCAAAUGGGCCAGCCACAGCGCCGCUUCCAGCCCACGAGCUGCGCCAAUGACUGUCGGUCGAGAUCGACGCCAUGGCCCCAAGUAGUCUCACCAGGCUGCCUGCUGUGUAGUACGGAGUACACAAGUAGGGCGCUCCAGUCUUAUCAGCCAGCCUGAUCAUGCUCACUUGCCGUCGUCCAUGACGGCCUGGCAGCUCUGGACAGCUGGGAUAGAAGACGGCCACCCCAGACGCCAGACACGUUUUGUGGGUCAAGGGAGACGACACAGUUACGCACGGCACGGUCAAGAUCUUCUUUUGUUGAUCAGCAAAUUUCACGCCUCUGUCUUCUGGAUAUGGAACAAUACCGGAUCUUCUGCCCGGGCUCGAGCAACGAUUGCAAGAGCCUGGCUUACAUCGGACGGCUUCAUGGUUGCAUCUGGCCGCGACUGGCCCUGGACUCUGAUGAUUUCUUUGAAAGCGCAGAGGCAGAGUCAACGAAGGGGACUAUGUUCUUUUCGCUCGAAGAGACGAAGGCUCUUUUCACCAAGGAGAACAUCAUGGAUCUCUUGAGCUGUCGCUGCAGGGACUGCGGUGAAUACAAGAGUGACGCAUCGGCCGCCUUCAACUUGUUGGAUUACGAAAAGCGCAUCGUCAACCAAAACGACGAGGGGUGGCUUCUGAUGGCAGCCCUUGUAUAUCUAGGGAAGCUGAGCUUGAUAUACAGAUGGAUCCAGCACCCGCACAUGGUCGAGCCCGGCACGUUGAGGGGUGCCCGUAGUCUGGUUGAGGCCCCGUUCCCCACGAGGCGUCAGAAUGAACUCUUUUGGAAAGCCUAUGGACGAGUCAUGGACAUGUUUUCACCAUUGGAAAUCAAGCCCGGUAUCAACGACAGACCCGAACACAACUCUCUCGCGAAAAGCCAGCGUUUUCCAUACCUUGACGAGCCAGGGAGUUUGCCGUCAGGGAGCUCUGGGAGCCUGAUCACAGCCUUUUGUGUCCCUGAGGAGUACCUUCAUGUGGAUUUCAGGCAACUAAUGGAGAACAACUAUUCCAACUCGGUGGUAGACGACGGGCGUGGCAAAAAGUAUCGUCUUGUUCGAAAGGUCUUGACGCAUAAGACCCUUAAACAUAUGGAGCAUAUUACACUCCGCAUGAUUGCCUCACGUCGGGACCAGGUAAAUCUCAUCAAUCUUAUGGCUCUGUACGAGUGGCGCGAGCAAAUUCACUUCAUCUUCCCAUUCGUCGAAACACACCUCGACGAGGUGCUUCUGGACCAGUGGACGUUCCCCGGGUCAGCUCAAACCAGGGCACUGGCAGAUAAUGCUCUCUGGCGACAGAUGAUAGGGGUUUGCGAAGCGCUCAAGACCAUCCAUUUUGAUCUGACGAGUCCUUGGGGCUCGAAAAACACGCAGGUGAUAGCCUUUCAUUUUGACCUGAAGCCGGCAAAUCUACUUGUCACAGCCAAUGGCAUAGUGAAAAUCACCGACUUCGGACACUCCAUGAUACAAAUCAUGCUCCCCGAAAAGGAGAAGAAGGGGUUCUACAGAGGCGGUGAUCCUGUCUACAGGGCGCCUGAGUCAACUCCAGAUAGCGAGCAAGUCCGCGAGGCCCGUGAAACCAGGAAUCACACAGCAAUCAGUCAGGACUACAAUAAAGAAUUACCACGGAGCCAGGUCUUUCUGAACUACGACGUCUGGCAGCUUGCCUGUAUUAUGACUGAAGUGCUGAUAUGGAUCACGGAGACGGACCAGUAUCGGGAGAAAGAUCUGCCAGGUGAGAAAGGACAAGUUAUCAAGGCUUUCAGGCAAGAGAAGAGAGAUGAGGACGGCCAGGACGCUUUCUUCAGGGUGAAAUCGCAGAACGGCACCAUUGUUCGGUGUUUGAAAACUGCUGUAGACGAGAAGCUUCGCUCGAUCCAAUCAGGCAAUAUGGCAGAUACCGAUGUGGAGACUUACAUGGCUAGGACAGUCGAAAUCCUGCGCGGCAUGUUCGAAAUCGACCCUCACAGGCGUUACCACUCCUACAGAGUCCUGAGAGAGUUGGAAGAAGCCAGCCAGAGGUACUCGACGAGCAGGCAGAGACCGGGCGACCGGAUAUAUCAGAAGAUCAGAGACUGGAACCCUUCAAAGUGUUUCACCGAGGUCGGUUGGAAGAAGGGAGGGGAGAUCCGCUCCUUCCUCGAAAUGUCUGAUGUACGCAUUCGAAAUAAGAUGCCUCGUGAGACAAUACGGGAAUGCACCUGUAUGUUUCGAGUAUUUUACAAGCAAGGAACGGUACUUAUAUUCCACGGAGUUGGGGAGAGGGACGAACUGGAUACGAUGCCCUUCAAUCCUCAAUUAUUGAAACUGGACAUGGAGAAGAGCUACAUGAUCCCGGAAUAUUUGUAUCGGCAACCUGAUGGAAGAUUCACCUGCACGGUCAUUUCAGGCGACCAACCCUACGAAAUUCUGUCCCUCAGUUUCGCUUCUCGAGACGGUAAGUACCGGCCAAGGCGGUGGCGAUCUCUCUGGCUGACUGCAAUAGAUGCACAGAGGUUCCAACACGCACUUACGCGACAGAAGGUGGAGUGGGAGUCAGAUAUUGGUCACGUUGAGCGGGCGAACUUCUACAUCAAGCCCAAGAAACAGGACGCGGACAUGUCCCGGAACUUAAAGUUGCAGGUUUGGUCCUGCUGGAAGGAUGGCAUAUGUGAUAUCGACUUCAACUCGACCCGCCACCUUCAUUCACCUGACCGCCGAGAGUAUGCAAAACAAAGGCUUGUUAUUUUCGAGGAUUUGAGGCCUUUCUUUCUCAUUCCUUUCAACAACGGCCAAAAGCAAUUCUUGUGUUACGGCCACGCAGUCACCAUCAAAGCCGCCCGGAGGUUCAAAGAAUGUGAUCUCUACAGAUCGCCUUCAAAGUUCCCCUGCAUAGAAGAUACUUCUGUGAAUGAAGAUAUCGAGAAGUUGGGAUGCGUUGCCCCAGCAGUACCGCUCGAUCAACUCAAACUUGAGUCCCGGUCAUGGCGGCUCGCAGGUGAUCUGAAGAGGCGGCCGUCGGUACUCACAUUCUCAAGGAAAGGAGAUGCUGACAUGUUCGAGAUCUGCAAAAUCGCCGCAGAAUAUGGCGAAGCCCCCAGACUGGACCCCGAAUAGCUCCGUGUGCCUCCCAGCUAGCGGUCGACGUCAGACAAUCGAAAUUCGACUUUCUAUCGACCUCUUCCAUGACCAAUGUUGAUACAGUUCGACACCACCGUAUAUGAGCAUGGUGGUUACUAUCAGUGGAAUCGCUAGGACAGCAUAGACCUGCAAGCCGUCUUGUGCGAUGAGCUUGAACUGGGCAGACUGCGCCUUACUAACGUAGCCCAAUUGAAGGAAAUCCUGUUCCCGUCAGCGCACUCUCUCUCUAUCUCACCAAUGGCGUAUUGAGUACGAACAGAGACGAACGAUGCUGGCAAAAAUACCAGAGCCAGUACCGUCAGAAUUUUGAGCACGUGGGCUUCGUACCCGGAUCUCAACGUGAGCUCAGUCGUGGCCGCACUGUUGCGAAUCGAGAUGGUAUUUCGAAGCUGAGACCAGUCUGUGAGCAGUGGAGCGCCUCCUUGGAUCCAAACAAUCUCACCUGCUCUGAGAGUGACCUCGCUCUCUCAAUCAUCGAUGCGAAGUUUUUGAUGCUCAGGUGAUGCUGUUGCCGCAUCUUGUUCAGUGAACGGAGGAGCGAGUCUAUAUGCGACGAAUCACUCGAGGGGUGUCGGCCCCUGAGUUGGCGCAUCAGUUCUGUCAUCGAUUCGAGCGUCUCCAAAUUAAAAUCCAUGCAGUGAUUCACCCGAAGCGCCAUGUCAACGAAGGCUUGUAGGGACUUCAUGUCCAUGGACGAGCUCUCCAAGGUAUCGAACUCGCGGAGCUUUCCCGGCUCUACCCCUGAGAUCAUGACCCGGCUAAACUGGGAGAAAUCAUCAGUAAUUUCCUGAUAGCCUAGCAUGAGACUCAAUGGUGCGUACUAUUUCCGAGAUUCUCUCGUCCAAAAAGUUGAAGCAUUCACGGAGAGGCGCGUCGACGCUUCCAAAAGCAACUGCGUGGACAUGCGUCCAGUCGCCGGCCAUUUGUGGAGCUACUGCAGGCUCUUGCAUAAAGCAAUGAUUGAGGCGGCUUGUCAGAGCCUCGGAUGACUUGACCAAGACGUGAUCAGCUCGUCCGGCAUCGAAAGAUACCUUCUGGUAUACGAGUGACUGGCUGAUCGACCAGGGGUUGGUCCCAGGCCUCGCCCGUGCUCGUUUCUGGACGUACUUGAUCAGGUAGCACGAUUCUGUGUUGAUUCAACUUAGUCUGUCGUACUGUGACGGGAAUGAGGACUCCAGAAAUUACCGAAACCAGAAAGACGGCCAUCUACUCCCACAUUCUCGACCCAGUCAUGGCCUCCAAAUCCUUCGUCCUGGGAGAAAGACUUCUGUCCAAACACCAACAAAUUUCGAUGGAAAUCAGGGAAUGCGCCCAAUCCAGCAAGCAAAUUCAUCAUCCCACGCAGCGUGAUUGGAAGCUCACUUCGGGUGAACGCUGGGUUAACGAGACUGGGCCAUCAUGUGUCAGGAGCACGCAGGUGGUUAUCUUUUUAGCUGUAGGCAGGGACUCACAAAUACGAUGCCUUGACUUCCAA